ACCCAGCCCGGGCCGGGGCGGCGCGCAGCGGGCAGCCUCCGGGCGCCGCGGGAAUCCCGCUCCAGGGUCUCGCGAGAACAGCGCCCGCGGACGGCUUCCCGCCCAACGGCCGCGCCGUCAGUUCCCGCUCGGCGCCCGGCCCCGACGCCAUGCUCCGCCUGCUGCUGCUGCUGGCCGGGCUCCGUGGCUGCCCAGCGCCGAGGCCCGGUUAUCAAAAUUCAUUUCUACAAAUCAUAUUACCAGAGAAAAUCAAAGCAAAUACCAGUAAUAAUUCAGAAGUGCAAUAUGAACAGAUAUCCUAUAUUAUUCCAAUUUAUGAGACACUGUACACUGUGCAUCUUAAGAAAAGGUAUUUUUUGGCAGAUAAUUUCAUCAUUUAUUUGUAUCAUCAAGGAACUCUGGCUUCUCAUUCUUCAAAUAUACAGCCUCACUGUUACUAUCAAGGAUAUGUUGAAGGAUAUCCAAAUUCCAUUGUCACACUCAGCACGUGCUCUGGACUCAGAGGAAUACUGCAAUUUGAAAAUGUGUCUUACGGAAUUGAGCCUCUGGAAUCUAUAGUUCAAUUUCGGCAUCUCCUUUAUAAAUUAGGGAAUGAUAACAUGGAAUUUUCAAGUUCUAACAAUACCAAAAGCACAAGAAAACACCCAGUGAAAUACAACAUUUAUAUAGAUGAAAAACCAGAACCACCUGUUCCAGAUAUAUUUCUUCUUUAUGUAGAAAUGCACAUUGUGGUGGGCAAAGCUCUGUAUGAAUACCUGGGCUCUGAUAGCAUUAUAGUAACAAAUAAAAUCAUCAAAAUUAUUGGCCUUGUAAAUUCAAUGUUUACCCAAUUUAAAGUUACUGUUGUGCUGUUGUCAUUGGAGUUGUGGUCAGAUAAAAAUAAGGUUUCUACAGUUGGUGAGGCAGAUGAAUUAUUGCAAAUAUUUGCAACAUGGAAGCAGUCUUAUCCUAACUUACGGCCUCAUGAUGUUGCGUAUCUCUUCAUUUACAGGGAUUAUCCAGAUUAUGUGGGUGCAGUGUUUCCUGCAAAGAUAUGUAACACUCGUUAUUCUGCAGGAAUUGCAGUGUAUCACAAGAGGAUAACUUUGGAGGCAUUUUCAGUUGUUGUCUCCCAGAUGCUGGCACUCAGUCUAGGGAUAUCAUAUGAUGAUCCAAAGAAAUGUCACUGCUCAGAAGCCAUCUGUAUAAUGAAUCCAGAAGCUAUGACAUCCAGUGGUGCAAAGACUUUUAGCAAUUGCAGUUUGAGUGACUUUAAAAGUCUCAUUUCAAAUGAGGGUGCCAGCUGUCUUCAGAAUAAACCACAAAUGCAAAGAAAGAGGAUAGUCUGUGGCAAUGGCAAAGUAGAGGGCACUGAAUUCUGUGACUGUGGUACUGCAGAACAAUGUGGACCUGACAGUUGUUGUGAUCCUGCAACUUGUCAGCUGCGACAAGGAUUCAAUUGUCUCUCAGGAGACUGCUGCUUACAAUGCCGUUUUAGGGGAGUCGAUCAUUUAUGCAGGCCCCGUUUGCAUCCUGAAUGUGAUUUGCCUGAAUAUUGUAAUGGAAGCUCAGCAGAAUGUCCAGUUGACAUAACUCUACAUAAUGGAGUUCCAUGCAAAAAUAAUGAGACUGUUUGUUAUGAGGGGAAUUGCCCUGAUCUUGAUAUAUUUUGUGAGUCAGUAUUUGGAAAAGGUUCAAAAAAUGCUCCAUUUGUCUGCUAUGAAGAAAUGAAUGCUCAUGCAGAUAGGUAUGGGAACUGUGGUAAAUGGAGGACCUCACAUAGAAGCUGUACAUGGAGAAGUCUUGGAUGUGGACGAUUAAUUUGUAUCUACCCUUUUCAAACUCCUUUUUAUCAAGAAAAUGGUACUGUGGUUUAUGCCUCUGUAGAAGAUAACUUAUGUGUGACGAUAUCCUAUGGUUUGAUUGAAGUACCUGUAGAUCCACUGUUGAUCCCCAACGGUGCCGUAUGUGAUAAGGAACGGGUUUGUGUAAAUGCUGAAUGUACAGAAACAAGAUUCAUGAGGAAUCAUUCAUACCAUUGUGGACUACAGUGCCAUGGACAUGGAGCAGAGUUAGACCGUGAGAGAGAGAGAGACAGAGGGAAAGGUCUUCCUUUCGUUGGUUCACCCCCCAAAUGGCUGCUACGGCAGGCGCACAGUGCUGAUCCAAAGCCAGGAGCCAGGUGCUUCCUCCUGGUCUCCCAUGCAGGUGCAGGGCUCAAGCACUUGGGCCAUCAUCCACUGCCUUCCCGGGCCACAGCAGAGACCUGGACUGGAAGAGGAGCAACUGGGACAGAAUCUGGUGCCCCGACCAAGACUGGGUGCCGGCGCCACAGGUGGAGGAUUAGCCUAGUGAGCCGCGGCACCAGCCUCAUUGUUUUUUUUAGAUACUUUUCUGUUUCUAUUAAUAUAAUAAUGUAAUUUUUUUUGUAGCCUAUUUAUCUGAGAUGUAUUAAAAAAUUUAUUUUUAAGAUGUUGAACCAGCCUUGAAUGCCUGCAGUAAAGCUCAAUAGGUUGUGGUAUGCAGUAAUUUUUAGAUAUUGUUAAAUUCAGUAUGCCAAUAUUUUGUUGAAAAAUUUUACAUUUAUAUCCCUCAGAAAUUUUGGUUCAUGGUUGUCAUUAUUCUUAGAAUAUUUCUUGCUUGUUUUGGUAUUAGGGCAGUAUUGGCCUGGUAGAAUGAAUUAGGAGGUAUCCUCUCUGCUUCUAUUUUCUGAAAGAGAUUGUAGAAAACUGAUUUAAUUUCAUAGCAAAUGUUUUGAAUGCAUUUGAAAAAAACACAAUUGUUUGUUAGAUCAACUGAUAGAAUAAAAUAUUUUAUGAUACUUUUAUGUUUUCCUUCUCUAAUUCCUUUCCUUUUUAAUGUAAACAUGCUUUUCUAA